CAAAGUACACUUCAUGCCUUACGUAUUCUGAAGUUAACCAAGUGGGCUGGCGUGGUAGUUACUCAUUUGUAUUUCUGAUAAUCUUCGUUACAACCAUGUCUGCAGGUAAAAAAGGUAAAAAAAAGAAAAAUUGUAAAACCGUCGAUUUGAUGUCAUUUUUGGCUGAUGGUGGUGGAACCCCUACCAUACCUUUGAAGUCAACGAGUUGGGCCGAUGAUGUCGAAGAUGAGCAUGAAGGUGGAUAUACUUCAAGGAGUAAUAAAGAACCAGUUAUUCUGCCUACUGCACCCAGAGCAGCAAGAGAUUCGCGUAUCGACGAAGAAAAUAUUCCUACAAAUCCUCCUUUUGUUGCAUAUGUAACUAGUUUACCUUAUGAAGUAGAUGAAGAUGAUCUUGUUGAAUUUUUUUCUGAAAUGAAGGUUUCCAGCGUGCGUUUACCUAAAGAUCCAAAUAAACAACUUAGAGGAUACGGUUAUGUUGAAUUUGAAGACCGUCAAAGUUUAAUUAAUGCUCUUUCUAUGACAAAUACUACUAUGAAAACUAGGCGUAUUCGUAUUGAAGUUUCAAACAGCAAUAACGAUGAACGACGUGGUGGACGUUUAGGAAGAGAUAAUCGCAGGGAUACCUAUGAUGAUCCUGAACGUACUUCUGGGGAUUGGAGAAGUAGGCCUAGGGAUGAACCCGCAGGAUCAGAAGGUGAUUCUUAUCGUAGACCUUAUGACAAUAGGGAAAGGGAGAGAGAAAGAGAAGUUACUGAUGAUAAGCCUGGAGCAUGGCGUAAUAGAAGCGAAGAUGACAGAGGAAGAUCUGCGUUCAAGGAUAGAGGUUUUAGAGAUGACGAUAGGGAUAGAGAAUGGUCACGCUAUGGUGACAGAGGUGGUAGUAGAGAUAGAGAUGGCGAUAGAGAUAGAGGUAGCAGUUUUGGUCCACGUCGCGAUUAUGGAGAUUGGGAACGCGAUGGUCGUAAAGAUGGAAAAGGAAAUUCAGAAACUAAGCCCGCUGAAACACGAACCAGACCAAAGUUACAAUUGCAGCCUCGCACCAAGCCUAUCGAACCAUUAAGUACUAAAGAUGAAAAAUCUGAAUCGACAACUUCAGCUACUUCCUCCGCAUCUGUGCCUACUACUACUAAUAUUUUUGGUGCAGCCAAACCUGUCGAUACUACUGCCAGAGAGAGAGAAAUAGAAGAGCGUCUCGCUAAAUCAUAUGCAGAGUCAAGAUUGAAAGAUGAAGCAGAAAACGAAAAACGCAAGGAAGGUAUAUGGGGUCGUCGGAAUGGAGAGGAUCGCGAUGAUAAAGAAAAGGAUAAGAGUCGCGAAACAUGGAGAUCAGAUGGGGAGAAAAAAUGGGGCGACAAAUCGGCGACAGCUCAAAGUCAGCACUCGACUACUGCGCGUCCUGAUCAACAUGGAGAUUCUAAAGCGGAUUCCAGAGGAGAUUCUAAAGGGGGUUCCAAAGGGGAUUCUAAAGGUGAUUCCAAAAAUUCCAAUUCUCGCAGUGGUCCGCCACCAAUAAAGAAAACUGAUAGCCGUGGUUUAGAUAGCAGGGAACGAAAGGAUAGAGAUAAGGAGAAGGAUGAACUCGAUAGAAUGCCCAAGGCAAAAGACGAAAAAGCUCCAAAUUUUGUCGUUUCCAACAAGUAUUCCAUGUUACCUGAUGACGCGGAUCCUGACAUAAUUGAAGAUUAGUCGUAUCAUCAUAAUUUAUCAUGCCACGAGCAUGCUAAUUGGUCUAUAUGCAUAUAUUACUAAUGUUUGAUUUACAAUUAAAACUACGUAUCCCAUUGAUUCACAAAGCAAGGCAUAUUCUCUUGGUACUAUUUUACAGGAAUUCUUGUUGAUUUAUAUAUAUAUAUAUUUAAUCUAUUUUAUUAUUCCGAAUAUAAUUAUCAAUCUU